AUGGCGAUUUCCAUACGGGCUCAGCAGGACAAAGAAGAAGCUGAGACCUGUCUUCCCGGGUUUGGGGGUGGCUUGGGGAUCACCUGGCCACCAUCAUAUCAAGGACAGCUCGCCGCCCGCAACCCCGGCGACAAGCUUCCGACAAUCUUUGAGGAGGAUGAAUCCUUCUAG